AUGGGCUCCAUCAGUCAAUCCACACGUGCAGAACUACACUUUCUCGACCCAGCCGUCCACGCCACGCCUGAGGCUGAGAAGCUGUAUUUUGUCUCUGGCCGACCGACUCCGGGGAAGCCACAAACCAACCAAGUCUUCAUUCCCCGAACGGUGGAAAUCCACAACGCGAGGUUUGAUCGGGACAGCUUCAACCUGAAGGAGCAUUCAUUCGAAUGGGCGUAUGUUCCAAUCAAUAACCAUGACCUUUCGACGGCGACGGGAAGAGAAGAGUAUCUUCGAUAUACGGAGGACUUCUUGAAGAAACACCUCGGCGCCAGUCGGGUCCAUGCUUAUGAUCAUGUGCUACGAGAGCAACGCGAUCCCGGCAUGCCUCGAACGGAUGGCUUUGAGAAAUCCAAGCGCACAGUCUUGACGACGCAUUGUGACAUCAGCCAGACAUGUGCCCAGAACCGCGUCAAGGAGUACUUCCCAGAUCCUGAAGAAGAAAAUCUAUACCAAGGCCGAUGGCAAAUCGUCAAUGUCUGGCGACCCCUUGUUGACGUUGUCGAAUCCCACCCGUUGGCUGUGUGCGAUGCAAAGACGGUGUGCAGAGAAGAUCUAACCCCAUCCGACAUGAUAUAUCCCACACACACGACCGAGAUUUAUCACCUCUUCCACAAUCCAGGACAGAAGUGGUACUAUCUCGAUGCACAAACCAAAGAUGAGGUUCUCUUGCUCAAGAACUUCGAUUCGGAUUUAUCCACUGCUUGCGCACAUACGGCGUUCGUAGACCCGGCUACACCUCCUACGGCUAAAGGCCGAAAGAGCGUUGAAGUGCGGUGCUGGGUGUUUUAUGCCGACUAG